AUGUACAGGAAAAUAUUGACGCAACUGAUGACAUGAAGCGCAUACUGAUGAUGUCAUUUGGAUAUAAAUGGAAAGAAUCAAAGCAUGAAGCAAAAACCAUUGAAUAUGACCCAUAUAACACUGAUAUUGAGCGUUUCGCUCAUUAUCCAGAUAGAGUUGAAGAAGAUCAGUGGUAUUCAUUAAUUCAUUAUUGGAGCUCAAAAGAAGCAAAGAAACAAAUGGAUGAUCUUGCCGAGGUGUAUCAUGAGUUGAAUGUCCCUGGAAGUGAUCCGAAUGAUGUGUACUCCCAAGUAAUUGGAUCAGACACUCAUGGAAUUGUCCGAACUCUAGGAAAAGAAGCAUCUCCUAGCUUAGUAAAUGACUCCGUUUAUACACGAUCUCAGGCUGAAAAAAGAGAUUUUGAUACAAGGGUUGAGAUGGAAGUUCAAAAUGCUACCUCAGCUAUGAAAAUUGAGAUGACAGAGAAGAUGUAUGAAGCAAAAAAAGAGAUGGAAGCGAUGGAUAAAAAGUUGUUAGAAGCGAAAGAGGAAGCAAAAGAGAAUAACGAAGUGAUGGAGAGAAAAUUAUCGGAAGCAAAAAUGGAUAUGGAAGAAAUUAUAGCGGAUAAAGUGAAGGAAGGAAUACAAGCAUAUGUAGAGUCUUUGGGAAUUAAUAUUGAUGCAAAUUUAAAAUCCGAGCAGGUGAAAUAAUUGUGUUGCUCACAGGUUCCUGAUAACCCACUUGAAGAUUGUCAACAACCAUCAUCACUUGUUUUAGGUGUUCACACAGGAAAGGCUAACAUGAUCAAGAAGACUGGAACUACCGUAGUUGGGACAAAUAAAAAGAAGUGGGUAUGUUUGAAAAAACUACAAAAUCUUUCUUUUCUUUCAAAAGGAGGAAAAUUUCAUGUAUAUAAAUAAUUACUGCUUUUGCGUCAAUUCCUUAAUAUGUUUGUUUUUUAGAAAAAAUCAAUUAGUAAUUUUUGAUAUCCCACCAACUCAAUAUGAGGCUACUAUGAUUUUGAUGAAGUAUUCCUAGAGAGUUGGCAAAGAAAGACCAUACCUUAUUGGAA